AUGUCCCCUCUGCUUUACGAUGUCUUCGACUCUAGUCUACUUGUUCGUCCCAGCAUAACUGGUGGCCUGGCAAGCUAUCCAGCCAGCGAGAGGUUCGGCCACACUCUCAUCAAUCCGACCCUAUUCCGUUAUGACAAGGACUUCAAUCCGAUCAAAGAUGGACAUAUUUCGCUGCACAAGGCAUUCUUCGCUCCUGAACGACUUCUCUCCGAAGGUGGCAUCGAUCCGCUUAUAAGGGGAUUGUUCGCGUCGCCCUUGAAGUUGCCAAUGCCGAACCAGAUGCUUAAUAUGGAGCUCACUGAAAAGCUUUUCGACCGUUUCCAUGAGGUUUGUGAAGUACAGUAA